GCGUUUUCUAAUGCUGUCCCGGGAUCCUUUUCUUCUGGUGUCCUCUGAUUCAUGCUUAUGUUCCUGCAUACCCUCAGAGGUCCACGGGUGUGUGUGUGUGUGUGGGGGGGUAAUCACACCAAUGACCAAAGCAGCAAAUCAGGCCAGAAACACAUUCUGGUAUAAUGUGGGUAUCGACAUAUGAGAAAACAAACACCCCACCGCCACCAGUUUUCUCUAUGGAAAGCAGGGCCAUCACUAAAGCAUUUUAAAGUAUGACAAAGUACUCAGGCCAGAAGGAUUUCCUGGACUCCAAAGUCUCUGUUGUGGCUAAAUAUUACAGCGGUGUGAAAGUAGAUGAUGAAAUACACUGAGUGUAGUAAAGUGCUUACAUUGAAUCCUCCAGUCUUUCAUGCUGUUGUGUGUGAACAUAUGAUCUAUUUUUCAUGUAAAUUUGCAUCCCUAAAACGAAACAAUGUGUCAGUAAUGUUUUCUGCUCUUUCCUACUCCAGUUGAAUGAUGACAUAAGGAGUGACUCCAAAUUUACAUACACUGGGACUGAAAUGCGCACAGGUGCAGAAAAGAUGGAUACCAUCAGAAUUGUUCAUAUCCAUUCUGUCAUCAUCUUGCGACGUUCUGACAAGAGAAAGGACCGUGUAGAAAUUUCUCCAGAGCAGCUGUCUGCAGCCUCAACAGAGGCAGAAAGGUUGGCUGAACUAACAGGCCGUCCCAUGAGAGUUGUUGGCUGGUAUCAUUCCCACCCUCAUAUAACCGUUUGGCCUUCCCAUGUUGAUGUUCGUACACAAGCUAUGUACCAAAUGAUGGAUCAAGGCUUUGUAGGACUUAUUUUUUCCUGUUUCAUAGAAGACAAGAACACAAAGACUGGUCGGGUACUCUAUACUUGCUUCCAAUCCAUACAAGCCCAAAAAAGCUCAGAGUAUGAGAGAAUUGAAAUUCCAAUCCAUAUUGUACCUCAUAUCACUAUUGGGAAAGUAUGCCUUGAAUCAGCAGUAGAGCUGCCAAAGAUCCUGUGUCAGGAAGAACAGGAUGCAUAUAGAAGGAUUCACAGCCUUACACAUCUGGACUCAGUAACCAAGAUCCAUAAUGGCUCGGUGUUUACUAAGAAUUUAUGCAGUCAGAUGUCAGCAGUCAGUGGGCCUCUACUUCUGUAGUUUGAGGACAGAUUAGAACAAAACCAGCAGCAUUUGCAGGAGUUGCAACAAGAAAAGGAAGAGCUUAUGGAGGAGCUGUCUUCCCUGGAGUAAAGCAAGAGGACAAAAAUGUGGGCAGAUGAAAAUACCGGGCAUACAAUUUAUUAAACUAAAUCAAUUUUGAAAAAAAGUUGGAGGACCCACAUUAUAUAACUUCAAGACUUACUAUAAAGCUGCAGUAACCAAGAUACUAUGAUAUUUGCAGAAGAAUAGAAGUAUAAAUCAAUGGAACAGGAAAGAAAAUUCAGAAAUAAACACAAUAGUAUGCUUAGCUAAUUUUGAAAAAGUACAAGGUGACCAAUAAGAAAGGACAGUCAUGCCAGGUGUUGGUGGUGCAUGCCUUUAAUCCGAGCACUCGGGAGGCAGAGGCAGGCGGAUCUCUGUGAGUUCGAGGCCAGCCCGGGCUACAAAGCGAGGGCCCGGAUAGGCUCCAAAGCUACACAGAGAAACCCUGUCUCGAAAAAACAAAAGAAAGAAAGAAAGGACAGUCAUUCAACAAGUUGAAUUUCCACAAGCCAACAAAAUAUAUUCUAAAAGUAACUCAAAAUGUGUCAGGGAUUUAAAUGUAAGGUAGAACACUUAGGAAAAAACAUUCAAGAAUAAUUUUCAGGAGUAAAAACCAAAAUCUACAAGAAAAAAGAGUAGAUAUUUAGACUUCAUCAAAAUUAAAACUUUAUUCUGCAAAAUAUUAAGAAUAGGAAAGGCAAGAAAUAACUUGUAAACUAAGUAAUAAUAUCUGAUCAAUAGAAAAGAUAAUAUGUUCAAAACUCAAAAAUAAACAAUCCCAGUAGAAAAUAAAAAUAGAUAUAAACACUGUCACUAAGGACAGUAAAUAGAAGUAAUUAUGUGAAAAUAUAUUGACCCUCAUAAGUCAUUGGGGAAUACAAAUUAAAACUGCAUUGUGACAUUCUUUAUAGUUAUAAGAAUUGCUAAAGGAAAAAUAGUAAAAAUGCCAAAUAUGUUGAGGAUGCAAACUAGAUUUCUCAUACAGUGACAGGAAUGUAAAAUACAGCUAGUUGCUGGGUAGAAUUUGGAAAUUUUUAUAAAAUUAAGCAUACACUUAACAUGACCUAGCAAUCAUACUAUCUUGGCACAAAAACUUUUUACAUAUUUUUUCUUGGCAGCUUUCUCUGUGAUAGCUGCAAACUAGAAACAACCUAAAUGUUCUGCAGUUGGUAAACCAUUCUUAUCAUGGACUACUACUCUGUAGUAGAAAGGAACACAUUGGUAAUAUCUAUAUAAAUUAGAUGAGCCUUGGGGCAUAUAGUAAAUGAAAAAAGUGAGUCUUAAAAGGUCACUUACUAUAUGGUUGCAUUUCUAGAGCAUUGUUGAAAUGUCAGAAUUAAUGAAAAGGAAGAACAGGUUUCCAGAGUCAGGGACUGGGCUUUGUAUAGCAUACAUAUUGUUAUUAUGGUGUGACAUAAGAGUUCAUUUAGUCUUAAGAAACAAUUUUGUAUCUUAAAUUUAGUGUUGUUAUAAAUCUGUUCCUGUGUUAGCAUUUUAUAGAUUUAUAUACAUAAAAAUCAAUGUAUAUAAAAUCUAGUAGAAGUGAAUAAAGUCUGUAGCUACUUAGCAAUAUAUAUAAUGUUGGUUUUGAAAUUCUAAAGUUGUAGAAGUCCUUACAACUAUGACAAACUGUGUAAAGGGUACAUGGGAUUUUGUACUAUUUUUACAAUUUCUGUUAAGUCUAUAAUUAUUACAAAAUACAAAUUUAAAGGUUUAAAUAA